AGCACUGGCGUCAAUGGCGCUACCAACUAUUGUUUGUUUUUAUGCCUCAGCUGUUUACUCAACUUGACUGCGAUUUUGUUAUUUUUGAAUAGCAGAUUUUUAUUAUAAAAAACUUGAGAAUGACGGCCACAUUACGUUAUCGAGGCGAAAAAAACAACCUUAUUGAGAUAGCAAAAAAUUUAGACGCAUUCAAAAAGGUGCCUGAGAAAUAUACAGAGGCAACGGAAAUCGGUGGUACAUUAUCCUUGCUCAGUCGCCUGCUCAUUAUUUACCUCAUAUACAAGGAAGUAUGCUAUUACAGGGAAGCAAAUCUCAUAUAUCAAUUUGAGCCGGACAUUGACAUGGACGAUAAGGUACAAAUGCACGUCGAUAUCACAGUGGCCAUGCCAUGUUCAUCUCUUUCGGGCGUCGAUCUCAUGGAUGAAACACAACAGGAUGUUUUUGCAUACGGUACAUUGCAACGUGAAGGUACCUGGUGGGCUUUGCCAGAAGAAGAACGACUACAAUUCGAACGUAUGCAACAUAUGAAUACCUUUUUACGAGAGGAAUAUCAUUCAGUUGCGGAUAUACUUUUUAAAGAUAUCAUUAAAAACAAUGAAGUGAAUGUGAAGCCUUUGGAAAGUGCCAAAUCACUGCCUGAAGAGCGUUACGAUGCUUGCCGGCUGCAUGGAACCUUGGGCAUUAAUAAGGUCGCUGGUGUCCUGCACUUAGUUGGCGGAGCGCAACCGUUUGUGGGUCUCUUUGAAGAUCACUGGACAAUCGAUUUUCGGCGAACAUCAGCCAAUUUCACUCAUCGCAUCAAUCGCCUGAGUUUCGGACAAUAUUCGCGCCGGAUAGUACAGCCAUUGGAGGGAGAUGAAACUGUGGUAGUAGAUGAAGAGACGACAGUUCAGUAUUUCUUAAAAAUCGUACCAACCGAAAUUCACAACACUUUCACGACCAUCAAUACGUACCAGUAUUCGGUAACGGAGAAUGUGCGUCAACUAGAUUCAAUCAAGAACUCAUAUGGCUCUCCUGGCAUUUACUUCAAGUACGAUUGGUCGGCUUUGAAGAUCAUCGUGCGCACCGAUCGCGAUAAUCUCCUGCAAUUCAUAGUUCGUUUGUGCUCAAUAAUUGCUGGUAUUAUCGUUAUUUCAGGCAUUUUAAACUCUUUGCUGGUGUCACUGCAGCGUGCAACCAUUAACACAUUAGCGCCGCAACUUUUACAGCACUCAAAGCAAAAGCGUGCAUCGUUCCAUGGGGACACAGGCUCCGAGAUUCCUAUUGCCGCAAAUGUGAGCUUACUAAGUGCGCAGCCCGCAAGCCCGAAUAAUCUCAUCAAUAUGGCGAACAGCAUGUCGAACAGUGUAAGCCUACUGAGUGCAAGCAUUGCACCCACGACCAGCGACGCUACGACCUACGUGCCCAUAGCUGUGGAUGAACCGCCGCAAGCGAAGUAGUGCAUUCGCACAUUAAUUUUAUUUUAAUAUAGUCGAUGAUAACGCCAAUAAUGGAUUAACCAACUGCUUGAAUCUCUACUGAUCGCCGUUUGCCUGCAUUUAUAUUAAUUAUGUAUGCUGAAAGCGUGAGGUUUAUUAGCGCUUUUUAAAACAAAAGUUAAUAAUUGUAAAGAAUUAAUUCAUCUCGUUUAUUAGUAAAAUAUACUUACGAGUAUUUCAUGUGUACAUUACUGCUUUUAAUCUGAAAAUUAUUUACUUAGUUCUUAACUAAUAAACAUUCCACAGUUUAAUCAAAAUAAUAAAAUAUAUAUUUCUUUAUAGUACCUAAA